GCCGGCCAUGGAGGAGGCUGAGGUGGGCAGCAACGGCUCUGCAGGUGACAUGGGCCCGGGAGAGGCUGCCACCAGCCUGGCCGAGGAGAUGGUGGUAUGGAGUCCUGAGGUGGAGGUGUGCCUUUUCCAUGCCAUGCUGGGCCACAAGCCCGUUGGUGUGAACAGGCACUUCCAUAUGGUAUGCAUCCGGGACAAGUUCAGUCAGAACAUCGGGCGGCAAGUCCCCUCCAAGGUCAUCUGGGACCACUUGAGCACCAUGUACGACAUGCAAGCGCUGCAGGAGUUUGAGAUCCUGACUUUCCCGAAUCCAGAGAGGAACUUCGUCCUACCAGAGGACAUCAUCCAAGAGGUCCGGGAAGGAAAAGUGCCCAUUGAGGAGGAGAUGAAAGAUGAAAUGAAGGAAGAUGUGAACCCUCACAACGGGGCUGAUGAUGUAUUUGUAUCAUCAGGAAGCUUGGGGAAAGCAGCGGAAAAGUCCAACAAAGAGAAAGAGAAGAACUCCUCAGACCUAGGAUCCAAAGAAGGGGCAGACAAGCAGAAGUGCAGCCGGGUCACCGACAAGGUCUUGACAGCAAACAGCAACCCUUCCAGCCCCAGUGCUACCAAGCGAGCAACAUCAUCCUGA